CAGUCUUGAAUAAAAAGUAAUUAGUUUCAUUAUCAACCCAAACAAUGCUUUAUUCAAGUGAUAGUUACCGCUGUCAAAUAGCUUUGCAUUUGUAAAUAACUAUUUAGAGUGAACUAUCCUAAAUUUAUAUACUUCUUUUAUUUAUGAAAAUUUAUUAAACAAAUAAAAUCACAUUCCAAAAAUAUCGCAAUGAUAAAAUUUUAUGUUUACAUCUUAAGCAUAAUUGGAAUAAGUCAAGGGAUAAGUCGACUUUUGGAAUUUCUACCAGGAUUUGAUAGCUUUAAAUACUGUUGGGUACCACCGCCUAAGUGUCCAAAUCAAAAUAUCACGUUUCAUCUAUACACCAGAUACACUGAUGAUUACGUUUUGGACAAUUCAAUACCAGACACACUUUUAUGGGCACCUUUUAUAUUAAAUGCUCCCAUUAAGCUUCUUAUACACGGUUAUACUGGUGAUAAAGAUUAUUCGCCGAACAUGGAGCUUAGACCAGUUUAUUUAAAGUACAAAAAUUUAAACAUUAUAUCAGUGGAUUACAAAGAAUUGGUUAAUGAGCCAUGUUAUGUGCAAGCAGUUCACAAUGUACCACUAGUUGGAAAAUGUACUACAUUGUUUUUGAAAGAUCUGUUUCGUUAUCGCAGUGACUUAAACAUUAACGAUUUACACGUCGUUGGGUUCAGUUUAGGCGCCCAAGUAGCAGGUCACAUAGGACGAUUGACAAAUAGUUCACUUCAAAGAAUAACUGGUUUGGAUCCAGCUUCCCCAUUGUUUGAUGCUUAUAUAAUUUCUAACGAAAUGCUUGAUAAAUCUGAUGCAGCAUUCGUCGACGUCGUUCAUACCAAUAUAGCCUACAAAGGAAAAUCAUCUCCACUGGGUAACAUAGAUUUCUAUGCCAAUAACGCGUUUAUUCAACCCUCAUGUGGUUUCAAUUCUUCAUGUAGUCAUGUUCGAGCAGUCGAGUAUUAUGCUGAAUCAAUUAUGGGAAAGACAGACUUUUUGGCAGCAAAGUGUAUGAGCUAUUUGUUAUAUACAUUUGAUUUUUGUUCAGCAUCAAAUGUUAGCAGCCUAGUUCGAAUGGGUGAACAUACCCCAAGAACUGCAAAAGGAAUAUAUUAUUUCACAACUAAUAACCAAUCCCCAUAUGCUCAAGGAAUAGAACCAUAUAGAGAUAUUAAGAUGAAAAUAUCGUCAGGAUUGAAAAUAUCUCCAUCAACUCUUUCUUUGUCAAGUUAUUAAAUCAAAACAAAAAUUUU